AUGUACGCAGACGAUAUCGAAAAAGAGAGAUCAAGCGGAGGUUACAAAAAGAGUUUCUCCGGCUCUCGUGGCUCAGGAAUCGAUGGAAAAUGGAAGCGAGACAUGUUCCAAACUGCUAAUCGUUCUCCUAAAACCAGUUUCGUCACAAAGAAACGUCAGCAAACGAGUUUCAUGAGCAAAGCAGGAGCCGCUGCUAUCGGAGGAGGAGCUGUCUCCAGAAACAUCACAACUGCGGCGAUUCGUGGAAGAACUGCUGCUCCAGUAGUUAAAGAGGAAACUGGUCCAUCGACGUUGUUCAUCAGCAACUUGGCUUCCUCUGUUACUCAGGAAGAUCUUGAGGAGCUCUUCGAACAAUAUCAGCCAGAAGUUGUGCAACUUCACUUCGACGCAGCUGGAGCUAGCCUCGGAACAGCAGAUCUCGUCGUCCCACAACCACAAGUAGCCAUCAUUCGGAAAGCAUUAGAAGGUGUUCUUCUGGACGGACAACAAAUCGAAGUACUCGAGACGAACGUUGCCAAGCCAGUGUCUGUCUUCGAUCGUAUCAAGAAGGUCAGUCGCCAGAAUGACUUCAAGCCAAAGAUGCGGGUCGUUGUCGGAAACCGAGGAAGCCGCGUCGUGAAGAAAGGAGGACGAGGUGGAUUCUAA